AAGCCGACUGCCCAGUGCCCUGCCCCUCCAGAACUCAGGUCUUGCCUGUUUGAGUCCGAGUCAAGGAUUCGGCUUUUGAGCUGUUGACAACAGCCGGCCCCUGCUGCCCUGCGAUUCAACCCCCCAACAAGCCGCGCGCCGCGUGCCGUACCCCAAUUCACGCUGCAUCCUGCCGUCGUGUGUCAUGCCGGAGACGUCGUCUCGGAAACAGCCAUGUCAGACGAGGUUUCCGACUUUUUGCGCUCGGUCGAGUUGCUGAAGGAAAGGCGCGACGAAGAAGACCAGGCCCGGUCGCGAGAGCUGGAGGAGAAGAUAUUGCAGGAGAAGAGGGAGCGCCAGGCCCGGCGCGAAGAGCGCGCAAGAUCGAUUUCGCCGCAAAAAUCGUCGCCGGCAAACACCCCACCGCCCACUGCACAUCGCAUCGGCAUCCUACCCUCGGCUGCCGACGGCACAAGUUUGGAGUCGCCUGGCCUUGACAGCUCUGGGAGCCCUCGGCAACGCGCCGCCGACCUACCCUCGGAAACCGUGGACGUCGCAGCCGAUUUCUCGACUUCCCCCACCAAAGAGAACGACUCGCCGUUCGACUCGGAUAUCAAGCGGACCAGCAUGACGUCGACUUCGCCUUCCAUCGGCAUGCCAUCCGCGCGAUCGCCGCUCUCGUGGCAGAGGCGACCGACGUCACAGUCCUCGGACCGGCCCAAGAGCCGGCCCUUGUCUAUGAUCGCUGCGGAGAACGCGGCACGCAGCUCUCCCAUCGUCGCUGAAUCGACGCCGGCGACCGAGGAAACCCUGUCGCGCGACCAGAUUGCUCAGGCCCUAGCGAAGAAGGAUCCCUCGUGGUUCCGUCAGACUGCCGAUCCAGGCCGGGGCUCGGGAGCGUUCAGGAAGAACCAGGUCGAGGAUCAAGACACAGUGGACCUGCCACCUAUGCGGACUCAGCUUCCUGGGCUGUCUCGCGAAUUGACAGCAGAAGCACAGAAAGACGAGAAUGCUGCGCGGCCAGUAACCCCAACCGCCCAGUCGGGCAAAACAGGGUCGCCACUCCCUGUAACCGGCGCGCAACGUCUAGAUCCCCCAGUCGGCAAUGGCGCAGAAGAAACGGACACGGCUUCCAUCAACCGACAGUCCCUCGCUUCGUCCGCGGGCCGGACGUCGCCGACGAGGCCAGUCUCGCCUACCAAAGGACUGGGUGGCUUCGUGCAGAGCGCAAUGAUGAAGCGUUCGGAUAGCGUCAAGCGGUGGAGUGUCAAUUCCCCGGUCGGUCUACAGCGAGCCGAUUCCAUUAGGCCCGGCGGCGUUACUAGCGCGGACGGCGCGCCGCGCCCUUCCACGCCUAAGGCCAGCGUGCGGCCCAAGAGCAUGCUCAGGGAGGCCUCAGAGUCGCCCGCGCCGCUGCCGGCUUCAAAUGAGGAGAAGGAAGUUAAGGCUGAGAACCAGAACGGCGUUGCUGGAUCGGCCACGCCAACAGAGCCACAGACGAAAGGGGAGGAAAACAUAACACCGCCGACGAGCCCUUCUAAAACGAUGGACCCCCGUCGAUGGAGCCCGACAAAGAGCUCUAGCUGGCUUGAGACCGCUCUGAACAAGCCAGAAUCACCCAAGGCGAAGCCGACACCGCCUGCUCCCGCCCAGCCCGCGUGGUUGGUCGAGCUGAACAAGGCAAAGGCCCAGAGGGCAACCGCUGAUCUUGCGCGGAGUGCGCCUCAGCCCAAGAAGCCCGAGGUGAAAACUGGCGGGCUUAUGAGGUCUACCCCCAUGGGCGCAAGUCUUAAGCCGAGCGCUCUGGCCAGCUUUCCACCAGUGCCCCCGGUGUCAGGGUCAACAUCAGCCGAGAAGCCGGCCAUCGCCGAAUUGCGCGGCAGCCUUCGGAAAACUUCCCCAACAGCAGACGGGUCUGCUGAGAGCAAAGCGGACACCAACGUUGCCGCAGGGGAUAAGCCGGAGGCGCCUCCGAAGAAAGACUUCGGCGGAAACUUGAAGCCCCGUGUCCCGUCACCUGAAGCCAAGUCAUCGGGUUCUGCCGACGAGCUGAAGACCGUGCUUGGGAGUCUGCGGAGGACCAAGACGCAGAACUACGUGGCCCCUGAUGAGUUCAAGGAUAACAUCCUGCGAGGCAAGGCGGCACUUAACAUAACAGGUGGACCCAAGAAGACUGAGCGGAAAGACGAGUUCAAGGAGGCUAUAUUGAAGAAAAAGGAAGACUUCAAAAAGGCGCAGCAGGAAGGGCGGGGUGUCACAAGAGAACCUAGUUCCGCGAGCGAGAAACCUGUGCCCGAGGGCAUCGCAAAGAAGCUGGAGUUGCAGCGGACGGGAACGUUGUCAAAGCAAACAUCGACCACUCCCGAUUCUCCCUUAGAAAGUCCCGCUCUCCAAAAGCGAGCAGAAGCUCCCAGCCGGAUCCAAAACAGAGCCGGAGGACUGGCAGAACGCUUCAACCCCGCGUUGGCUAGCCUCAUAGCAAGGGGCCCUCCGCCAGCUACUGGCUCGGCCAAGAAUUCAGGAGCGUCGAGCGCUUCUGGAGCCCCUCCGGAGACUGGCGAGCCUGCCCCUGGACCUCAGCUGACUCAUUUGACAAAGAACCGGGCCCGUGGUCCUAAGAGGAAGGCUCCGACUUCUGUCGCUGCGCCAGCUGAGGGGGCCAAGGGUUCGGUGGCGGAAGCAGUGUCUCGGCCAGAGAAGCAGCCUGUCCCCACGCCUAUACCGGAGCAACUCGUCAGCCUUCCAAAGCCAGAGCAGCCGGCGAUCUCUUCUAAACCGGAGAAGCCUGCUGUCUCUCCCAAACCAGAGAAGUUUGCACCACCUGGCCCCGAGGUGGACACACCGGCGGAAUCCAAGAAGCCUUUGGUACACGACAAGCCAAAACCUUUGGGCGACGUUAUCGCUCUGAUCGAUUCAUCGAAGCGUAUGUCCAAGGAGGAAUCCGUUUCAGUCGGCCAGCCCAUUACCCUGAUCGGAUCUACUCCGGUGAAGACUCGGCCGCGCUCCCCGACCAAAGUCCACGAACAGGUGGCGGCCCUGGCAGCCCUGAGCCAGCAGUCACCAAAACCUGCUGAGCCCAGUGGCGAGGCCUCGCAGCCUUCCUCGCCCAAGAAGCUCGACAUCAAGAGGAUGUCGAAAUUCCUGGACGACCAGAACCCGGCCAGUCCGAAGCCUGAACCAGUCAAAUCGAGGCCUUCUUCGCCGGUCAAGGACCGCUUCCCUGCUCUCGCCGCCAAACCGGCCGAGAAGCUGCCGGAGAAUGACCAGGUCGAACCGAAGCCUGCGCUCCCAAUCAGGAGCGGGGCGACGCCGCCUGCUGGAACAGGCUCGAGCUUGACACAGCCAGCAGCGGCGCCUAAGCCGGCUGUGACUGUUGAGAAACCGGUAGAAGCCGCGGAAGCACCGCAAGCCCCUCAAGAAUCUAGGCGACUUCCGGCACCUCCCCCUGUGGCAACACUUCCUGUGGCGUCUCCCCGCAUACCGUCUCCGGUGCGGUCGCCGAGCAAGCAAUCUUCGGAUGUGUCGGCUCUGAUCACCGAAUUCUUCGGGCCGGAUCGUCCCAGGCGGAAAUACACGGCCGACGCCGCCGAGAUACUGAUGAGGCGGCCGGCUUCGACCGCCAAGAUCCAGACCCAGCGGGCCCAGCUCGUCCAGCUGACCGCCGAGGGCAAGAAGAUCCCCGUGCCCUCGCACUACGAGCGAGUGCUGUUUGAGCGUGAGAUGUACGUUUGCCCGCACACCUACAUCGACAGCGCCGGAAAGAAGGUGAACGAGGUCUACUUUUGGGCCGGCGACGAGGUGCCCGAGUCGGUGGUCCAGGAUGGCCAUCUCUUCGCUGCCAGGGAAGCCCGAGCAUUCGGCGGCAGGCUGGUCAAGCUCUCGCAGGGCAAGGAGACGUCCGAGUUCCUGCAGGCGCUUGGCGGCGUCGUGAUUGUCCGCCGCGGAUCGAGCAACAAGUAUGACUCGCUCGCGCCCAACAUGCUCUGCGGCCGGCGCUACCUGGGGCAGGUCGUCUUCGACGAGGUCGACUUCUCCCCGCUGAGCCUGUGCUCCGGGUUCCCGUAUCUCAUCACGCAGCAGGGCAAAUGCUACCUGUGGAAGGGCAAGGGCAGUGACGUCGAGGAGCUGGGAUGCGCCCGGCUCGUCGGCAUGGACCUGGCCCUGAUGGGGGAGCUGAUCGAGAUUGAGGAGGGCAGCGAGCCCGACAGCUUCUGGGCCGUCCUUGGCGGCGGCACGCGCCCGAGCUCGGCCGACCACUGGCGGCUGAAGCCGAGCUAUGACAAAUACUGCAGCAGGCUGUUCUGCGUCCACGCAGCCGACAAGCAGCAGAUAACCGAGCUCUCGCCCUUCCGGCAGACCGACCUGCUGCCGUCGCACAUCUACGUGCUCGACGCCUUCUUCGAGUUGUACAUCAUCGUCGGCGCCCGCUCGCAGGACCAGUACGCCGCCUUCGCCAACGCGCUCGACUUCGCGCAGGAGUACGCCAUCCUGGCUGCCGGCAUGGAGGACCGCCCGUUCGUGCCCAUCUCGACCGUCGUGCUGGAGGGCGCCCCGCGCGACCUCAAGAGCGUGUUUCGCAAGUGGACCGACGCCGCCUGCCCCACCGUCCUGCGCGUCUCGCCGCCGCCGACGCAGGGGCCCGGGAGCGGCCAGGCCGGGUCCGGGCUGCAGCAGCCGCAGCAGCAGCAGCAGCAGCAGCAGCAGAGCCCGUUGAAGAGAGCGCGGAGUCUGAGGAUUGUGCCGUUGACGCAGGCGCUGCAGGCGCUGGCUGAGUAGCGGUCUAUUACAAGAUGGUUUUGGUGUGUCAUGCAUGUACCUUGUGUGGUAUCUUUUCUUUUGUUGGCUUUGGCGCGAUGGCAUCAGCUAGGGGCGCUUUGUAUGUUGCUCUUAUAUGGGGGCGCUGCAUACCAGCGUGGAGCCGGUCUAUUUUCUUUCCCGGCGUGGGAGGCUUCCUUGCUAGACGGCGGUCGUCGGCGAUUGG